GAAACAAAUCAAAUCAAGGCACCUUACACAAAUUACUUUUAAAUAAUUAAAAAAAUAAUAAAAUAAAUAAUAAAUAUUAAUUACGUUGCAAUUAUUAUAUUAUUUGAAACUUCUGCCCUGAUAAAAUUGGAAACAUAUAAAAAGGCUUUAAUAUCCACCAAAAAAUGCAGUACAGGUUUGCUUUUCAACGUAAGAACACAUCAGAAGUGAAAAAGAUUCAUAUUUUCAAUAAUUACGUGUAACAUGCGUCUUUUGUUGCUUUUGGCCCUGUUGGGCUUCGUUGUGGCAAUAACGGCCAUACCAGCUUCUUUGGAGUAUUUAGAACGACCAACCACUUUAUUGGAUGUCGCCGAUGCUGGAGACUUAUAUUCUAAUAGUGCCGAUCGUUUUGCUCGACACUGGGGAGGAGGUGGCUGGGGCGGACGAGGAGGUUGGGGUGGAGGUGGCUGGGGUGGACGAGGAGGUUGGGGUGGAGGCGGCUGGGGUGGACGUGGCGGUUGGGGAGGUGGUGGCUGGGGUGGUCGUGGUGGUUGGGGAGGUGGCGGAUGGGGUGGACGAGGUGGUUGGGGAGGUGGCGGCUGGGGCUAAAACUUUAUCCAUUUU